UUGAUACUACGAAAUAUAGAGUGGUCACCAAGGAAACGAAGAAGAUUGUGCGAUUGAAUUUCAACGGGUCAAUUCCACUGGACUUGAGAAGACCAUGGCCACGCCGGUAGAUCCUCCGCCAGCGAGUAUUAGUUUCAACUGCUCCGACAUGGACGAGCUCUUUAUCUCUUUAGAUAAAUUGACUAGUGGAUCUCCUCUACCAAUCAAUGUUAUUGAUUAUGUAAAUCCUUACGGACAUGACCCACAAAAUUUACCUGAAGCUGUUUGGUUCUUGAUUAGCUCAAAGGAUAAAAUCGAUAUGGAAAGUGGUGCCUGGAAGACCAAAGAGGAGGCUUGUGAAGUUUUUUCAAACUCAGAUAUUAUUGGUUGGAGAACAACUCUGGAAUACUUCGACGGUCAAGUCCCUCAUCGGCGUAAAACUGACUGGGUGAUGGAGAUGUUCAACGUAACUAUGAAGAGGCUGCGCGAUGACAAUGAGAAAAAGGAAACUAGCUACUUGUGCCGAGUUAAUCUUGUUCCCAGCCACGAGAUAGUUGACAAUGGAACAGGGAACCAUUUCACUUCUUCCCUUGAUCUGGAUUGUAACAGCAGUACAAGAACCCCUGAGGUGAACGACCAUGACGCUAAAGAAACAUCGGAGAGACUUCCAUUUCCCGAGAAUCAAGGAGAGAAAGUGUUUGCAAUGGACUUAUUAUCUAGAGGUUAUGUUGAUUUCUUCGCAGGUGGUGACUAUCUGGAACUGAGGGACCUUGAUAACCCAACAUCACCUCUUUCGAGUUCAGAAAAUUCUAGCGCCGCCAUUAGCAUUUCAUCCGAUGAAUGUUUUGAUUCACUAGCUAUCUUGAAAGAACUCGAGGAACCGAUUUUCGAACAGAAUGAUUCGGCUAAGAAGCUUAAUGUCUUUGCAGCCAACAAGACAGACGAGUUCCUCAUGAUCCCUGCAACUUUAGGAUCUUUAGUCAGUAUCGAGGGAAGCAACUCAUGCAGCGAUGAUGAAUCCUUCAAAACUGCACAUAUGUCAGCUUCAUGUAGUAGAGACCCGAACAACAAGGUCGCAAAACGUGCCAAAGUGGAGCGAACCGACCAAGGUCCAUCGUCAUCUCGUAAACCAUCUGAGAGCCGUACGACAACAAAAGGUGGAAUGAAAAACUUUAGAAAGUACUUAUGCUUCAUGCCAUUUUAGAUAAACACCACCUAAUACCGAAACCUCACA